AUGGACUUAAAUAUUGACUGUACCUCUUCGUUGGACAAUAAGAUUCCCGGAUCUUUUCCACCUCAUGAUGCCGAUUUAACGGAGAACUUUGGCGAGCCCAUUCCUCCCGUCCCCGAUGUGGGAAGCAAUGUUGUAAUUAAUGAACACAACAAAACUAUACCAAUUUUUGGGUCCCCACCAAAAAUAUGGUCUGGCAAGAGAGUCCUCUGUUCUUUCUCAGCCAAUGGGUAUGUUUCCCUUGGAGAUGACGCCAAUCUUUUAGCUCUGAUUCUGACGAAUAUCCUUUCCACGCCGUUACGUUUGGUGAAUCUGCAUCUUCAACAGGCUUGUCGUACAACGUACCUCAUAUUUCCAUUUUUAAUGAUGUUUUUAAAUAGGACCACAGCUAUGCUAAGACGGAUCAAGGUGAACCUAAAAAUUGUCCAGAAAAUGGUGACAAUCAACUUGCUCUUUUGGCCAAACUAGCGCUUGCGAAGCACGAUACUCCCGAGUCAUCACAUGUCGACUGCCUUGGAGAUUUCGAUUCCACGGUCGAUAACUUGUGCAUUUCAGAUGGCCUGGUUGAACGUUCUUCUGCAGUCACAAAGAGUUCAGGCGUGCCACACGUGACAAUUAUUAAGCAACCUUAUGUUUCCCCGACUAAUGGACACCAAGUCGCAAGUCAGUUUCAAUCGCACAUCCCCGGUACUACCUGCAAGGUUACCCCCGCUAACGGGAGAGCAAUACUUUUGGCUCCUACAAGGGGCAGCCUAGCAGCGUCAGUCCAGAUUCACAGGGUAACCUCUGUUGCUCCGCAACCGGUAUUGCUGCGUACCGACAUGCCACCCGUCGAUGGUAGCAGCGUGCAGAAUCCCCCAGCCACAGUUCAGGCCCAAUUCCGCUGCAUUUGUGGUUUCACGCACGAUGAUGGAUGCCUUGUUCAAUGCACCAAUUGUCGGUAAGGGCAUAUUCCUUUUCUAAGUCUACGUAGCUGUGCCCAGCAGCGCCAAUUUCUUUCCAGCUUUAUUGUUUUGCCUGCAGUAUCAGUUAUUGCGAUCAUACGGUUGCACACUGUACCCGAUUUAGUUUUUAAACCCUGAUUUGGACGGUAGAUGUGUCUCAUUUACAAACUGAAGGCAGCCGUCUUUCUUCUCAAGGGACCGUAUCUUCAGAGGCUUGCUCUGGACCGGUAACAUUUUAGCCGCUAGAGCUUUAGAUCGCGCUAAAUAGUUUUAUGUAUCCUGUUUCCUUGUGUCAUUAGGGUCCUUCAACACGCCGAAUGUAUGACGCCGCCGGGAACUAUACUGCCAAAACCUUACUUCUGUGAAUCCUGCCAACCGAGGCCAGUAGUGCCAACCGAGGCUGCAAAUUUGCAACGCAAGAAACUUGCAGCAGCAGGUAUUAAUCAGAUAGCACCAGCGAAGACGAUCCGCUUGACAAAUGCUGGAAUCCGCUUUCCGGCAAAUAAGUUUACUUCUCCUGGCGGUGCUCUUCAACAUCUUUCGCCUUCGAAUAGAUUUUUCUUGACGACGCCCGUCAACGGAGCACUGCCUGUUAGACCGAUACAAGUCCGCCUUGGUGAGCUACCGUCCGGGGCCGUUAUCGGACAGUCUGUUGGAGGCACGACCAUCUACCAAGUGGAUGCUUCUGCCCUAAAUCAAUUACAGCCGCGGACGAUAAACUUGGAUCCGAGACCCUAUGUCACAUGUGGUCAACGAGCUUCUAAAAGAAAACAAGAUUUAUUUACACGUAUGUCGCUUUUUUACUAAUACCCAAUUUGAAAUUUGAUGGUCGAAUUUUCCAAAAGCAGCCAGCCUCUACUGAUCCUUGUGGUUGUUGUGCUAUUUCUGUCUUCCAUAGUACCCUAUUUUAGUGGGUUAUCGUUUUACUAGAUGUUAGAUGAUAAUCGUUGCUAUGUCUUGCCUAUACAACUGGCGCUUUUCGUUCUCAUACUCUCACGCAUGUAGUCUGUUCUAAAAUGACUCGAAAUCCGCACCAAAGUAUAAAUGAUCCAAAUCACGUGCGGAGCCUUUGAUCAAUUUCAAAUCCAAUCACUUAUUAUACAGCGUGGUCCGUUUUUUGAGGCAAAAUCUCCGGCUUAGCUUAAGUGGAUCCCUUUGGAAAUAAUGUCGAAACCGCAAUUUAGCCACCUUUAUUCUUUUCUCUGUCAAAAUUGAAUUUUGGAACCUUCGUGAUUUUCGUUUCGGUCAACUUAGUCGGGCACUAGUAGAACAGGCUUCAGGUUGUUUAGCCAUCUCCAAAUCAUCGGCCGAAUCCACUGUCUGUAGUAUUCGUAAAGGUGGUAGUACAUUAACAGCUAUUUCUUUCGGUUAGUAAUUAGGAAGUGCGUUCCGUCGCUGAAAAAAUUCUUGGUCUGACAUUUCCGGCUCGUGUUCGAGCUAAUCUUCAAAGUCGAAAUAAGAGUAAAGGCACAAUACACUUCAGUUUUUUAUAGAAUGUGAUCGCCGUGCUCAGUAUACCCGUUUGUUAGCAGGAAUUGAACCUUUGUGCAAGAUUUCCCUGUAGAUCGUGCCAGUCGCCGCCGUAAGACCACAUGUCUCGUGCCAGCGUAACGCUGGUUGAUGACCCUUAGCUAAAUAACCUGCCAGAGAUAGGCUUGGGUCUGUCCGAUCAUUCACAGAUGCCAUUCCCACCUUAUCUGAUAAUUCAAUAGCCAAGUCUAGUCAUCCUCAGAAAUGUUCCAUCGGCGGCCUACACGCGCUACGAUCUGUGCCGACUAAUCAUGUGAGUCCCCGCCCUAUUUCCCCACCGCAACCACCGAAGGUCCAAAUGCCGCCUCGACAUCUUGUCGGAUCACUUCGAGCCGAGUUUCAAGAGGAACUCCGACAACUACAUUUAGAGGCCAUGCAACUAUGGACAGUAGCACAGGACUUGUAAGGUGGCCGACGAAGAUCGUGAUCUCAGUCGUUUCUUAUUGAUCGAUCGUGAGACUUUGUCUCAACCGAUACAAAGUCUCAGUAAAUAACUAGGGAUUUUUUUCAGACACGGUCGAAAGCCGCGAGUUCUCUUCACGACCAAUUUAAGAAGGACUGACUGGGCAGGUGCUUUAUUCACGCGGAUACCUGUGGCGGCGAUUAAAUUACAUUUGGCUCACUGACACUUGAGGAUAGCAACAACCUUGGAUCUAUUGCUCGGCUGCUCUGACCAGUCGACUUCGAGAUCUUUGAAGCCGUCAUCUUCUUUAAGCCCGUGACAGUUAAUCACGAAGGUCUGCAAGAUAGAGUCAGAGGCAACCUUUGUUUUCGCAGAGUUGAGAGACAAACCAGCUGAUUUGACAACCUCAUUCACCCGCGACGCUACAUUCUACUAAUCGUCAUAACUGGACGCUAGAAGGGCUGUAAAGUGGACGUAGUCUAUGCCCAUCAGCCGGUGCCGUAUCUCAAAUUCGAUAUCGUCGAAACUUUAGAACCAUUCUAUAGAACCAGUCAGUAAAGCCACAGGUAGGAUGUGGUGGGAUGCAACCUUGCCCAACGUCAGACCGAGUCUUCACGGGCAUUUAGAGGUUUCAGAGUAGAACACUGACCUUGGCUCAACAAUCGUAAGCCUCAGUCACGUCAAUCACUGACACCAUUUACCUCUUAUAUCUAUCACAGAGGCUCACAAUAGAUGGAAUUAAACGCCACAGAGAAUUCUGUGAAGCACUUGGGCGUCAGCUCCUAGUGGCCCUACUUGAGUUCUGCAAUGCACCGGCCAAUAGAUCCACGCCCAAAUCCGGCCCCAAUUUAGAUGUCUGUGAAGGACGAUGGUCAGCACAUUUUAGACCACGUAUAUGAGCUUCAUGCGAUGUACGAGGGAAGGGGAUCUUGAUUUCCUGCCCAUCCGAGUAUGGGAUUCGGAUUUAUAACAGGCGACAGACAUCUAUAUUGUAUUGUUAAGAACUUAUUUUCAGUUUUUGGUAUUAGGACCGAAAAAUGGCCUCACCCUAUCCAGUACCAAGGAUCCAUCUUCAACUGGCGAUUUUGAUAGGCCGGUCGAAAUUCGCCACUAAAGCCGGAUCAGCAGUUAACCCGUAGCCUAUUCUAGACCUAGCUACUAUCUUUUCUCAGUGAAGCUCAUAUGGGAACUCAACGGUUUCUCAUCUAAACCCAGUCUUUAAAGCACUAGGACCCUUUUAACUUUCAGCAGAAUUGUGCGCCCCGCCAUCUUGCUUUAGUGUUUUUCUUCUUAUUUCAGUUGCCGGAGAGUCUUCCACGGCCUUUGACAACAUGUCAACAAAUUUCCGAUUUGAGGAGACUGCAAACACGGAAGGAAAUGAAGAGUUGCCUUGUCCGAAGUUUUAUCGAACGCCUUCGAACACUUCGGAAGUCGAAACCAACAAAUCUGCAUAUACUCCUCGCGUUUCGACUAACUACACCGGUCGCUCCAUCAUCAGCCAAGAGACCAUAGCUAACUCUUCAGUUCACAGCGUCCCUGAGCCGGCAUCACCAGACGUAGUUAUUUGGAAUGACUCCUAUGAGGAGGCCUUAGAGACUCGUAUCUCUGAUGCCCUGAAACAGCGAAUUCGUAAUGUUUUUCUUACCUCGUCCGCGCGCGAACUUGACAAUCUUCAAGUCUCGGAUUCCACGCUGUCCUCUGUUAACCGCGCACACCGGUGUCAUGUAGCUUCUCUCGAAUUCAACAAAAAGGUUAGCUCACCAAUUUAUUUUUCUGUCUGCACAAAAGGAUUUAUGUCCUACAAGAUCCUAACAUCGACCGGUAUUCCUAGUUUUUACUAGAAACAUCUCUUUCUUGCAAGGGCUAAGAAAGCGCGUGCGUGUUUUGCCAGACAGUUACGUUUGCAAUGCACGCGGACUCUUUUUGUGAAGUCGGUCACUAUCAUUUUACGCAGCACUCUUGUUUAAGGUCGCGCGAGGCUGACGUUCACCAAUUCGACCAGGUUUCAUUCUCAGAGACUAUUUAAGACUCUUGCAGCCACUCGCAUAGCGACAGACCACAUCUAAACCCAAGUUUAGGCCUCUGAGCGAGGCGUUCUACCCACUGAAUCUCAUGUUCACUCGCUUUUGACUGCGAUCGUGGAUAUCCACACUUAAACAUAAUCCUUGACACGUCGUAGUUUGUCUGACUCAGUGGUCUGAUUAAAUCCGGUUCAAAUUUCAGCUCUGAGGUAAGCUAUGACUGACUGAAGAUAGCAAGUAAGUCAGGAACUCUCCUUCAGAUCAUCUCAUCUUUUCGGUUACUUUCUUAGCCAAGGUCACUGUAAAAACCAUAUCAAGCUUAAGCUUAGUACGCACUUGCAAAAAAUUGAACAUUCGCUAGUAAAGCGCGAAGGUUCGAUAAAUUUUUCUACCUUUUCGGGUCCUUAUACAGUCCCACCUGGUGUCUGAUAACAUUGCAAUUUUUGUUCGUACAUCCCCUAACCUUUUCGAUGUCGUUUCGGCUAGUACCAGUGUUGGUUUGAUCGACGCCAAAGUCUACAGCACGAGUCACGAAUGCUGGUGGACUUUAGUAAGUGGUACAGCGAAUUCCCCUGUCCCAGUUCCGAAUCCGCGAGGCGACGGCGGGCGAAGGAGAUUUAUUAUUCUCCACAUGUGGCCUUCUCAUGAGCAACCCAUUUGCCUGAUAGGUGCUUUGCCGUGUGCACCUAACCUUUGCUGGAGGACAUUUAACCAUCUACCACCUGUGGACGCGCAGGGUAGCCGCCCACAGCUAAGUUAGCAAGAAAGCGUUAUGCAUGUUUGCCAAAAUGUGAUCUCAUCUACAGGAGUUCCAGAAUUUACGAAUAGUCGGGUUUGCGUUCAGGUUCAUUUUUUCAUGACGGCGAUAAUGUCUUCAUUCACCACUUAUGCCGUUCGGCAGACUGGCUAGGAAGGAUGAAUUACAGCGUUAUCAUUUCAUGCAAGAACAACCCUUGCCUUUCGAAACUUUUAUGAUGUCAAGGUUGUCUUGUGUCGUUCAGAUGACAAUCAAGUCCCGUAUGGUGUCAGCCGAAAGUGCUUCAUGUUUACUAUGCAGACCUCGUUGCUUUAACGUCUAAUAAUUCUAGUUUUCAGGGUUAGUCUGCGUAAGAAAAAUAAAAGAGCCCGACUUACCAGUGUUCCUUUUAUUUGUUAGCUCGAGGAUUUACCUCUCACAUUUACGUAGGAUGUUUUACCGUGUACCUCACAUGCAACUUUAUCAACGAAGUUUUUCCUGCGCAUAAAUGUGAGCCGCUCUGUAAUAGGUACAUUCAUCAAACACAUUCCUGGUAGUUAAUUGUAGUUAAAGCCAGGAAGGGAAAAAGGGAUUUUGAGACUCGAAACGGACGACAGUGAGACUGCUUUUCAUCUGGUUUGUUAAGACCCAGACAUUGCUAUCGCGGGAUGCUCCCGAGUAUUCUUACGAUUACACCCACUUUGCCGACAGCUUCCUUCCCACCUACCGUUUCUGUGUAGCAACGAUUGAGACCGUCUUUGUGCACAACCGAUGAAGUCAGUCCCUAAGGCCAGUACAUGUACGCUAGAGUUUUGGGACAACCGGGUAAUUUAAAAGAGUAACGAAAACGGUCUCGGACAUGCAUCCUCCGGCAAGCCAACCUCUGCGUAAACAUGACGACCAUCGCAAAUCCCGGCCUUCCACUGACAAUAGGUUGGUGAGCGUAAUUAUUCAAGGCUGUAACAGCUGGUUUAGAAUCGCGCGUGUGCUCCUGUCCAUUGCUUGUGCACGUGCAGUUUUAACUCCCAGUCUAUAAUCUUGCCCAAUUUCAUCUGUUUUGUCUGCAGGGUUUGGUUGCUACUGAACACAUUUACCCGCGACAGCCAAUAGUGGAGUAUCGUGGCAACGCAAUGCUCUUGAACGAGUACAGUGAACAACAGGAUUACCGGAGACAGUAUGUUUGUCUAUUCAAAUCCACUGACGCUUACCCUUUAGCUACAACCCGUUUAUGUUGUUCUACAAAAAAUUGGACAAGACGAUUAUAUGCGUAGAUGCGCGCAAUUAUGGCAACGAGGCCCGAUUUAUCAGGAGGUCUUGCAAUCCUAACUGCGAGGUGAGUCUUGACAGCGACAGUGCUUAAGAUCUCAGCCCCUAGGUUAUGUUUUUGACUUUCCGUUUCGCGUCAUCUGGCAUUUUUUCCCAACGACGUCUAAAUUACUCCUUCGUAGCGGAAUGCGCCCAAAGCAUUAUAGAUAGGCUGUCCGUAAGGGAGGCCUUAAAUUGCUUCGCUGAAUCUUCAUUCAAGUAGACCCGCCGCAUAUUCGUUGCCUUCUUUUCAUUGUUUUCUGCACACAUUCUAAUUGCACCAUCUGACGGUUGUAGUUAUCCUAACCAAUUUUGAACCCUAUGGCAAAAUCAAGACCACGUUGUCCGUGCCCCCUCCCCUCCACCUCCAUUUUUCACAUUAUAGUUAGUACCAGGGUGAAACCGCAAAGAAAGAAAGCGAAAGAAAGGAUUACACAAGACGGGAAUACUACGGCAACUUCACGGAAUGUAACAAGAGACCAUGUGUGGGACUAUAUUUUGUACCUGUGUUUUAUACGAAUGCUACGCCUGGUUAGGGGAGGGUUUCGUCCGCCUUUGCGUAGAAAGGCGCAAAUUUAAUUUCUUAAUUCCCCUCAUCCUUCCUAGCUCCAUUUAGAAGAGAAGGCCGCCGUGGUCGACACGCCGGACACCUUAGCAAACUUGAGAUAGUUUGUUGCCUCCGACUAGAAAAUAGCUCGUAUCGGCGCCGCUGGCGCGGUUGUCCGGUCAUAGAACUCCGGCCAUAGUCCUCGGGUUGUCUAAAAAAGUUGACUAGCACAGCUUGCUAGAUAGCGGCUGCGCUGGGUAGUCUGCUGGCGGGGGGAGGGAUGGUUUCUUGUGGUUCCUGGAGUGGAACGUGGAUGUCUCCAAAACUGCAACGCACCAGUCCAAGGUUUCAAGUACUGGUCGACUGCACUUGCUGUUAAUUCUAGUAGUUGUCAUCGCGUGUGUGACACUUGAUAGAGGACGACUUCCAAACAUAUGGAAGAGAGGGGAAAGAGGUCCAGGGAGGAAUGUCAAUCCGGUGGGAGAAUGGAGUAGAGUGGCCUGUCUGCUCCACCGAACGAAUCCAUGCGCAGAUCACUGUUGGGCCCACCUCGUGGAACAGCAAUGGACGUCGUCUGCGACGGCCGAACUGUCAAAAGCGGCAUCAAACGAACGUGCCAUUCGAAAUAGCCGCGAGGAUUAGCUUCAAAAGUCCACAAGCUUUUCCUCUAUUGGCUUCCAAGUCGCUCACCUCCGAAUGAAUGUGCUACUGCUCCCAGAGUGGCUGAAAAGACCCGCCUUCCUUCCUGUUCUCGUUGACAGUGCCCGUGUUUGCACAAUCGAAUCCCACGCUACAAGACGGCGUCAGAUUUCUUAUUUUGGUUUUUACAGAAUUCUGGGGUCCGGGGCAUCUGACGAAAAUAAGGUGCCUAGACAUUUAACUUGGACCAAGAUACUAUUAAGCCUGAUCCCAUUCGACCGGGGUAGAGUCAGUCGCCUCGUUCAGUAGGCGAGCACCCUGUAGCAUGUUUUUUACAAUGUUGGACAUGGCAUCCAAUGGCGCAGCAGCCCUUUUUCUUCGCCCUAUUUAUUGGGAAUCCUCAGGAGUCCACUUCCCCCGCGUCUUCCCCAUAUUCCUUCUCACUUACUUAAUUGACCAGUUUUAAACUGUCUACUAUCGCCCUGUGACUGGUUGUCUAAGGACUUGAGCCACAAUACGGUCUGCAGUUGAAUCCUCAUAAUCAUAAGCACAAGGUUAAGAACUUAUUUGCAUCAGCUCAUGGGAACCGUGCACGUUUAUUUUGACAGAUUAUUAGUUACCGUAGCCCUUCGUCAGUUUUGCUAAUCAAAUCCUAAUUGCAUUGAUUAGGUUCGCCUCGUAUUUCCUCCUACGGACUCCUUUUCCUCGGUCAUCAAUCCCCAGUGUAUCAAGUUCGUCGUAGUCGCUACGAGAGUCAUCCCGAGUGGUACCGAGUUAACAAUACCCUUCGAUUUUGACUACACCUCCUGCUGGUACCCCGUCAAGUGUGCGUGUUCCAGGCGCGGCUGCUCUGUAGCCAAGUGGUUUAAGUCCGGUUACCAGGCGUCUCUGCAUCCUGGCUCGAACAGUCCAGUCGACGGUGAUAGCGGAGGGCAUUCACAGCAGCUAUACGACCCUCCAUCCCAAUUCCACUCGGAUAAAUUCUCUCCUCGUCAUGAUUGGUCACGUGAUGCCUCUGAUGACGAGGUCGAUGACGACAACAGUGAGGACGACGAUGAGGAUGAGCGGGAGCAGGAGGAGGAAGACGAUGAGGAGGCCCACUUGCCGAAGCCCUUUGAUGAGUCGAACUACGGUCCGUAUAACUCUCUUCACAAGCGUCUUGGUUCAGACCUAAAAGUGGAGACACCGGCCCUUCCUGACAGGACUCGAGGCAAAAUUCCGAUCAGGUAUGCUUUUUGCUAUCCAGCGGUGUACUAUGCAAAUUUGCAAGUUAGGCCAACAAUGGACUUUUCUGUCCUGUAAUAUUGCGAGAAAAUGCAUUGUGCCAGGUUUUUUAUCGGUUCAGUCGACCUACUUUAGGCGUAUUGGCAUGCAGCCGUCAUGACUGCCCAUGCUGAUUGUCGCUCGUUACUUGUUAGGGGGGCUGUGAUGUUGCUUGAGGAAGUGUUUGGGAAGUCAGUCCGGAGGACAGCACCUCAUUUUACUGCCCCAAUUUGACUGUAGUCCGUUGUAUUGUUUAGUACUAUGUAGCGUCUUAAUCGUUUCCUAGCUCUCAGGAACGGCGUGACUCCUCUGAUUUGGAUUCCUCUGCGCUCACUUAGAAUUCUUUGCUCACGGUGUCGCCCACACGCAUUGCGAGUAGUAAAGGCGGCCUCCUGCGAUACGGUUUGUUUGCCCGAGUUCGCCCAUGACAACAUGUCGGGCUCCCCCCGAGGUCUUUGUGUUUACUUUGCCGUUGGUGUUGCCAGGUUUUCUUGCACACACUGGCAGGAUAAAAUAUGAGGGUAUUUCCCUAAGCCGGGAACGUGAAUUAAGCAAAAUGCACUAACAAUGGGGAGGCCAAAGUGACAACCGCGCAGAACUUCCUAGUGCUAUCUUCAGCCCAUACCUACAUCUACGACUGAGUUCAAGCUGAUACGCAUUAAAACAACGCCCAUGGUCGACAGGGCAGGUUAAACAACCGUACCGUCCACCAGUCAUUGGGGGUAAACCAGAUAUUUAUUCUAGAUCUCGAUACCUACAACUAAAGGACUGCAGCGGUUUGCCCUGAGACGCUUGUCAGAUCCAUUUUUGCAUGUCAGAGAAGACAUACUGUGAGACUGAGUGGGUCCUGUUCGUGCCGCAGUUGAGCAUGCGUCUCAGAAAAAACUGACUAAUUAUGAAAGGCCUUCCAACCCUAUAUCGCACUCGUUUGCUUUCUGUUUGUUUCCACGUGACUUAGCCUUUUUCCGAUUUUAGACGACUCCUUGGUCCCAAGCGUUCAGCGGCAAGCAUUUCAAUGUUCACGCACCACUCCAACAAGCACUCCUCCUCCGGAUUGGUCGAUUCAAGUGGUCACCGUCGUCGAGCAAGAGGCCGUGGCCGCGGGCGCGGCCGGGGCAAGACACCGUCCAACCUGCGACAAGGAAAGGCGAGAGGCAAUCGCCAUGGUGGUCGUGGUCGGUCUGUUAACCGGGAGAUUUCAUCUACUAGGCCUCACCAGGUUUCCCCACUCUUCAGUCACACACGCUUCCCACCCGAGUCUCGCUCUCAUCCUGUUGGCGCUACCUCUCCAGCCCACACCCGUAAGCGCCGACCUUCGUCAACCUUAUUCUCCAAUGGGAGCGCUGAGCUGAGCGAUUCCGACGUCUCCGGGCCUUCGUCUGUAUACUCUCAGGGAGCCAGCAUUGAUGCCACUGAGCCACUCAAAGACCCACCCGUUCUGAGCUCACCAGUUAAAUCUGCUCGGAAGACACCUAAACACAGGCACAGGUCACCCAACAGGCAGCAGCAAAACUGGCAGACCACUUCGGAGGAGCGCUCAGGUCGUAGACGUCGCUCUGGACCUAGUCCUGUCUCAUUAGAGCCUGCAACCUCCCCUUCUGGGCCUCUUUCGCCACCAUUGUUGGUCAGAUCUCGCGCGACUUGUAGCCUCUCCGAGAACUCCGAUAAGUUGCCCGACACAGUCGGUGACAUGCAGGCCGAUAUGCAGCGUGAUGAUAAUGAGGAUGUGGAGGAGAAGAGGCCUGCAGCAGUGGAAGGGACCAAAAAUCAGGAACCUCCUCCAACUCCUAGGUCUUUAGUAAAAGGCCCCAAGGUACGCUUUUGCUUUCGAGUCCGCAUCUUGCAUAACUUGACUUUUCCUGGUGUUGCUCGCCUUUCUGUAGUAACUAAGUGAACUGCUCAUCCGCGGUCGUAAGUCCACUCUACGCUUGACUUUUGUCCUCAUUAGAAGAAGACAACGAGAAGGCCUCCACGCCAGACGCCAACUGAUGUUGUUGAAACCUCACCAAAGUCCCCGGAGCUUCCUAUUGCCUCCGGCACGAAGCGUCAACGCCAGACUAUCAGCGAGGCAGACAAUGGGCUUCCAACGGUACCGGACCAGCUGCCCAAUGAGUUUUCGCCCGCCAAUUCUGCUGGUCAUACUGACAUCAGGUCUCCUGAACCCAAACGAAAGGCUUCUGUAUCUGUGAGUCCAUUGCCUGAUCCGUCUUUAUGCGUUCUUACAGCUGCCGUUUGCGUCACUUGACGGUAGGAAUCACGCAAGGGUAACGUUCACUGAUUUAGCCUUAUUUCGAGACCGGAUAAUUGUGUGUUUUGCCCUGGAGUUCAGGUGGUCUCAGCAAAGGAGAAUCACUGAUUACAAAGUAUUAUAAACUAGAGCAAACAGACGCUAGAAUGGUCAUUUCGGUCUGUUUGCCUCCAUUGACUCCGUCCCAGCGGAAGCCUGCAAAUACACCGGUCUUUGGGCAAACUGAUCUCGCUGUCCCAAGGGAUGUGGAGGCAAGGGCAGAAUCACGCUGGACUUUUAGGACUCCGCCAUCGUCCACUCAACAAUCUUGGAAUUCCCUUGGUAUUGCUGGCAGCAUCGUCGCUCGCCUCUCGGUUGCCUGAAUGCAAACUUGGGCAGGAGCUUCUCCAAAAGACCAGAUGUGAAUUAUGUAGACAUCGUGAAACGCACGAAAGCAAAUUCGCAGUUCCGUAUUAACGGUAAAAUGCCAGAUCCCACAGUGAUCUUCAGCACUGUGAACCAAAACUGGCAUUAGAAAAUAAUUAAAUCGUUGUUUGCAAUGCUGUUGCACGCCUAUUAUGAGCAACCACUAGAGAUCGGCCCGGACUGUCAAGACACUGGACACCAUCCACCAUCCAUCAUAUUCAUGCCAAGAUAAAUAGCUUGUGUUUGCGCACUGAAAGCCAUAACUAAAGCGCGUAUACAACGAGACCCAGGUCUUUCCGUCCCCGUCUAUGUCAAAUUAGAACUAACCAGGAACAUGGGGGAAAAGCUUGCUCAUGCCUUAACCAACCCCGACAUGGUAUGUAUGGAACCCUCAACCAUCAACGAUAAUGGCCCCACCGGCCCGGGCCAAUUGCUUUACCUUGGAAACACCAGGGCAUUCCCAACACCAGGCCGAGGAUAUACGCCGGAAGUCAUGGUGACUCUAAAGCAUCGAACCCGAAAAAAUAUGCAGAAAUCAAGCAGCGAAGUUGAACCACCUUCAUGUUUCAAUCCGACCGUUGUGACCGACGAUGUCCAUCGUGGGCUACACAGCGGGGAAGAGCAGACACGAUGACUUGUGCGUGAUUUAUUUUGUAGUGAUAGUAGACCUGCACAGAAUCUACCGCACUCCCUCCUCUCUAACCUGGACCCGGUGUCAGGGCGUAGUCACGAAAACCAGAGGUGGGAGACGUCGCGGGUGGCUGGCGACUUGUGCGGAAACUUUUUAUUUCAACGUUAGUCGAUGUACUUACAUCGAACUCAUCUGCGAGCGGUCAAAUCAAUUGAAGAUUAAUCAUUUUGUUUGCCCAUAUUCGACUGUCGCGAGAACGGGAUCUCGCUGUCGACAUCUUCCCAAUUUAUGGGUUCUCGUUUUCUCGCCACAGUAUCAUUGCCGUCGAUAGAGAGCGAGGUCCAGUUUUAAGUCGCCCUUUCCACGGAAAUUUCGAGUUAUAAUUUUAAUGUAUCUAGUCUUAUUAACCUGCCCGUAGGCCGUCUUUUUGUGCCAUAAAUUGAUGCAUUAAUGAUUGGUUCUAGCUGUUCUACCUUCCUGCUCUCUUAUAGGCCUCACGCGAAGAUACCUGGAUGGCCGAGGUGCUCCGUCGUAUUGAACGGAUGGAAAAGAAACAGAAAAAAAGACCCAGUACAACCUCCCAGGAUGAGGUGAAACCCACCUCUAAGAUUUCUCAAGGACCUAUCGACACCUCACAUCUGGCGAGCCCGCUUUCUCCGCUUCCUGCUCCUGAUGACGGUAACGGAGUGUCUUUGUGUCGAGAAAAGUCAACCAAAUCACGAGUGUGGUCGACUUCUUCGGGCGAAGACGUUUUUGUAGGCGCCGGCGAUACUUCAAGCCUCUCCUCACCGCCUGGUUUGAAAUUGGUGACCACCGCUAGCGAACCAGAGAAGAUGAGUCGGUCUGCCCAGGGCAGCUUGAAACCUGAACCGCCAAAAGAUGAAGGCCCCGAGUCACCCUCCGAACAGUCUAGGAAUCGGCGGAAGAAGUCACAGGUUUCCGCUGCUACUGCGCCUGAUAGUUCAGGACAAUCCACCGGCCUGUCUCGUGAGGAUCGUUGGCUUCAGCUGCAACUGCAGAGGAUUGCCGAAAUGGAGAAUAAGCCAGCAAAGACAACCCAGAAAAGUUCACAUACCGACGUCGCCUCCGCGAAUGCCACUAAACCUGACGUGUCUGGAUCUCUGGAUUUCACGGUCUCUAUGAUGACUGCACAUGUGUCGGAAGCCGGAGGGCCCGCUGGCAUUCAGCAGCGAUCCUCUAAACGAACUGUUCGGCAAGCAUCCAGCAAAAGUAAGCGUCGCAGGCGAGCAAGCAAUCCGCGCGCCUCUGCGACCUCGGACGAAAGCAGUUUCGACGCUGUUGAUGGAGCUGUUGACCAGGCGUGGAGGUCGCCCGUAUCCACCGAAUCGGCGUUGUGCUCCUCACCCAGGGCAGACCCCACCUCUGUAUGCUCCCCCAAAGACGGUGAGGCUGAGUGCGGCCUGAUUGUCUACAGGCGUCGCGAAGUAGACCCGAUGGCCAAAUUCAGUCGAUCGCGCUCCGUCUCCUACACAAAUCCACCUGUCCUGUCUGUCGACGUCUCCCAAAUGAUGCACCACCCGCUCGACGGCCUCUCGUCCAAAGGUGAGGACUUUGAUGAUGAAGUUCUCCAGGGUGGGGAGCUGCUAGAUGAUCAUCCAUCCACCGUGCAGGUGAACAGCUAUUCAGCUCUGGAACACCUCACUACCUCCCGACCUACUACUCCCAAGCCUUCUAAGAAACGCUGGCUUUCUCAGGUGAGCCUGCUAGUUCUCCUGGUUUGAUUUUUUAUUUGUAAUCAGGCUACAUUCGCACCUGUGUACAUCUAUUUUUAUUUUCGACGUCCUCUUUGAAAUCACGGUUGUUCGCAAGCCACCAUAUAGGUGAAAGUGAAUAUGCCCUUUUGUAUGAUAUUACCUCUCGCCCCCUUUACGCACAUUUUCUACUGGUUGGCAUGUUCUUUUUAUUAGGCCCUGAUGGAAGGCGGCAUUGAAAUACAAAAUAACCUGGCCAAUCAAUCCGCGGGCUUCAGCGUUCCCGCUCUUCCACCCCAACUCCUCCCUGCAACUGGAGACUCUGAUUCGGCUUCUCGACAUAAUGCUCCCUCGUUAAAUCCCAAGAAAAGGAUUAUUUCACAGCUGGCUGAGGCUGAGGCGGCAGUUGCGGAAUCCCCAGUUCCAAUUUUAUCGGGUCUUACGCCUAAAGACGAGGAGGGUGAUAGUACCGUACCUGCAGAAGCACCAGCGGUUGACAUGACAGCCACUACUGAUUCUGUCCUAUCUCCGCUAACAAUUACAAAUGGCGCCCCCGUAUGGACCCCGACGACUGUCCCUUUGGAAGCCUCGUCUUCUGAUUCGCAUCCAACACCCACCUCGGUGCGUAAUAUUAUAAUUCAGACUUACUAGCAUGCACCAGUGUCGUUUUACUUUAAGUUGUUCUCUGUAACGGAGUUACCAUGCACCAACUCAGGGUAUUUUAUAGACCUAACGUGUCCGAAAUUAAGACUUAUUUUCAUGUCAUGUGAUUUUAUUUCGCCUUUGGUAUGGGCCAUGUGCCUGCCGUUUAGUAUGACAGAUCCCGAGGACCCUCCCCUCGAAGGUUUUUUUCCUAGGUCUUUCAUUAAGUUCUGCCGAUCGUUCCAAUCUUUUAACCCCAGUUGACAUUAUUUCUCGGUUUUUAACAAAAACGUUAUAGCACAUCUAUCGGCUGCGUUCUGCGAGCUUUGGGUCCCAGUUUUUGGUGCACCAAAAGCUUUGAAUUUAAGCGAAAUUGGCUUAAAAUUUGCAUUUACCAAAUUUUUCAUUGAGUCCACUGUCUUGAAUUUCUGUUCAAUGCCCCCCCCCAAGUGAUGGAUAGCCUGUUGAGAGCCUCGAUUGUGUCACAAUUUAAAAAACUCCAUGGCUAGGUAGCCGACUACCCUUGGGAUGUCAUGCUCUUGUGCAAAAUCCUUAGUGACUUCCAAAAACCAGUUUAAUUGCCUACUAAAUUUUUUGACCCUAUUCUCUCCUGAUUUCACGCAAUUCCUGUGGGUUUAUUUUUUAGCAGUUGCCUCCCAAGAAGGCCACUGUGAAACGGCAGGUAGAGGAAUUGAGAAAGCAGGAGAUGGGAAAAGUCCGCAUGUCGUUGUCCGAGUACAGGCGACGCCGCGGCCUCAGCGUAACUGAAUCGAAAGAGCCUCCCAAUGUUCAACAACCGCCUGUCGCGGAAGUCAAGUCAACCCCUGCCCUCUCCACCGCACCAGUCUUGCUAGAUGACUUACCUCCGGAUUUUGAACAUUUAGUUUCGGAGAAGGCCCAUUUGGUUGAUAUCCCUGCUGUAAUCUCCUCUGCUCUGAGCGAAGCCGUCUCGACCGGCUUGCCCCUGGAACUGUCUUCCAGCAGCCGUGUCGAAAAAGUGGCAAUUGAGCAUGGUCCGCGGACUCCCAGCGAACCACCCGAUGAUGACGAUGACGACGACGUCAUCUCGCCACUUGUAUCGCCCAAAGAUGUUCCUCCUCCCCCUCCCCCACCUCCGCCGCCGCCACUACCUCUCAGCUUCCGCAGCCUCCCUCCGCAGGAUCCCCGAGUCAACCGAGACCUCUUCCAAACAAGUUCCGUUUUCUCCCAUCGCAGAAAUGGAACUUUUCGCCAUUCUUCAACUAGCGAUGUAGACUUCACUGGAUCCCACUCCAACAGCGGAAUGAGUAAUCAGGAUCUCCAAGCGCCUUACAGCCCCAAUGAGGGGACAACCGUAAGUGCAUCUCGUGUCCGCUUAUACUCUAUGAGACAAUAUUGUCUUCCAGAGAAAAUCAUAGCGUAUCCAGAGAAAAAAAACAAGUAGACGUCCAACAGGAGAAAAAUCGUCUAAUAGACGGCGUAUAAAAUCAGUCGCUAGUAUAAAGGCAUUCGUUUUUACCAAACUAGCUAAAUGUCGGAAUCAAAAAGUUUGGAGCAAACUGCGCAUCGAGGGUUUUUCUGGUGACGUCAUCGCAACUCAAUAUCUGCCCCGCUAUUCCGGAAGUUUAUAAACUUUUAGAUGAUCACUUCGCGGCCUACCAAGAUGUAGAAUCCCUCCUCUUACGCAGACGUCGGUUUUAUUGGAGCUCCCAUUUAAAGUCAACUCUGUGAAACGGUAACGAAAAACUGAUUACAUUUGCCCAGGCCAUCGACGCUCACCUGCUUUCGUUACACUUGAAAAGGGGAUUGAUCUUACAGUGCACUGUAGGGUGCGUCGAAUUAAGGUGUUCUAAAACAUACCAAACAAGACCUUGCAAGGGGUGUAUUCUGCUUCUAUUCGAAUGGGGCGUUGAACAACGUGCUGAGUAACCGUUCAAACUUUACCUUCGCUUUGAUCUCUGUCACAUUUCUUCCGUCGCAGUGUGUAUAUGGAUUCCAGAGGUAAAAGUCCCCCGGAACACAUGACUGUGGGGGUAGAUAAUUCUACACCAGAUUAUUCAUCCGGUUCCCGAUCGCGUUGUCUGUGAACACGUUUAGGAAUAAGUCUACCUAAACCAUAGCUGAAUUAUAUCAUCCUCCUACAUUUGACCACUUUAUGUCUACAAAAUCUCAUUCUUUAUGUAGUUUAAAUAUGAGCUAGAACGUGUUUCUACUAUUAAAAGCUCUGGUCAGCGGCUCGCGGUUAAUCCCGGCGUUUUCCUUUCGCUACUAAUCGAGUAAAAAGGACAUAAGACUCGCUGACGAUGGCAAGAGAGGGAGGGUGAGGGGGUGAUGGUUACAUCCGGCCUAUUUGAGUCAUCGAUUUGUCUUAUUCUGACUACCUGCGAAGUCCUACAAGAUGGUCAGAUCUGUGUGAAUGACACGUUCAGCCAACAGAGCACUGAUUCUUGAAGCGUUGGACCAUACCGACUUGACCCGCGUUGAAGCUCAAGAUCUUUCCGACCUUCUUUUGGAGUAUGGCCAACUGAUGGCAGAAACUAAACCAAAAUGAUCGCUCCAGUCUCGUUUUUGUUAGUGGAACCUUGAGUCAGGCACUUUGGCCCAAUCCUAGCGUUAGAAGAUUGACCGGCUAGGACAGCAGACUUAAGCAUGAAUGAUAGAAGAGAAUUAGGUCAACACUGAAAUCCAUUCCCAUAGCACUUUCAGCGCAUUCUUCACCAUAAGAAGCGUGACGCUGUUGGAUCUAAAGUCGUGGCCUGGAAGGCUGCCAACUUAUAGGGUAACUCAGCCUUCUCAGAUCGGAGAGUUAGGAUGCAGUGGAUUCCCCUAACGUUCCUUCUAUGGACCCCCCCCCUCAGAUGGGAUCCGAUCUGAGCAUUUCGUGUUCCCCUGCGGACCAGGUCUGCGACACACUUGGGCGGGCUGUUUGACAUCGUCAGCCACCGCGUCCGAGCCCGCAUCCGGCUGCCUAGAUCCUGUCUUGCCACGGGACCCAGGAAUGUGUAAGAGGAGAGUGCGACAGGUUACUGCGCGAGUCGGCCAUCCCUAUAAACUAAUUCGCGUGCAAGUCACAGUCCUUCGUCUCCAUGCAGUGGGACACGGUUUACAUCCUUCGCGACGGUCGAAUCCACAGACCCCUCAUUCAAUAGAAGCGAAGAGACGAAUCCCAGCCAUCGUGUCUCCUUCUCCAAGACCCCUCAAUCACUUGCGGCUAUGCGACCGCUUGUGAAGUCUCCAACCCAGAGUUUUACUACGCGGCGAAACUUCUGUAGCUGAUACUGUAGUCAGGCCAGUUGCUGCUGAACGGUGAUCCUCUGCGCCCAAAGGGUAUUCUCUUGUGGAUGCUUCAUAGACACAGCCAUCGUUGGCUCGGUACCAGAUGAUGACGCUUGAUUUCAGCAUUUCAGUGGACACCCUGCGCUACUUCUAUCUGGCCAUUGUUUCCACUUAUUAUUCAUUCUCCGACUCCGUUGAACCAGAUGAUUUCCGUAGUGCCAUACUACAAAUCCUAAUACUACUACACACUUUCCUCCCACGGAGAAGAGUUCUCUUCUGUAGAGGACACAAGAGCUGACUGCUCAAGGACAGUCCACUUUAGGGGACUCGUCUACUGGAGUGUCGUCUAGAAAAAUAAUAAAAAAACGCUUUCCUAGUGUGUUUACGCUAUUUAUGCAGAAAUUCGGAUUAUAAGACCGAAGCUUAACUUCAUGGCAGAGAAUAAUUACUCCGAAUGCGUCGCCGUCUUCUCGCUGGAGCCUUGUGUUGCAAUAAUUAAAACUGCCCUUGUAGUUUCAUAACUAGCGCAGCCUAAAAGGCACGAGGAUAGAAAUCACGCAUAAUCCGUCAGGCUGCCCCACCAUGCGCAUAGUUAUCGCCCGUCUUAGCGUCAUGGUCGGAUUAAUUAGACUGCUUUUCGUUGAUUGUCUGCAACAACUCCGAUCCAAGAUCUGUCUCCAACCCCCAUAUUUCGUCCACCAGGAUCGACAGCGGUCAGUUGUGUGUAAUUUGGUUCAUAAUGAGGCGAACCUGCUCAGUAUCCAUCAUGCUCCAGUAGCAACGAGGUAGUCAGAAGUGAAAUGUGGCGUGGUGGCUGUCGGCGAAUGAUUGCCUUGUCUACGUACAGCACACGUCUCACCACACUUCACACCGCUCGGGUUCCAGUAUCCCGGAUCCAACAUUCGUUAGAAUUACCAUAAAGCCUCAUUAAGAGUUGAUCAUUGCAAUUCCGGCUUCCUGGAGAAUCGAGCUGUCCCAUCGGUUGACAACUUCCAAAGCCAUACUGCUUACAGCCCAGCCAGCUUAAAAGGGCAUCGGGUGUCAGCCUCACUGUCUCCCCUUCCUUCAGCCAUGGCUCAGUGAUUAACGUGACACGAAGCCGUCGUUUAAGUCUGACGUACCAUUUGGGCACCUUGACAACGAAAAUCAGAACGCUCCACAUGUGUCUCAGAGCACUACUUAUAUCUGACGAAAAUGCCAUAAUCGAUUAUGAUUACCAAGUUGUCAUUAUAACAGCCAGAUGAGGACGACUGAUUUUGUGCGACUGUUAACCAUCUGCCUACGGGUACCUCCAUGCGACCAGUCGUCUCAGACAUUUUGCGACGGCGUUUGUUCAGCUUAGCUAAGAAGGAAGUGGUUGCAGUUAUUGAACGCUAGAAUCCAUACUUUUCAGUGUGCUUGAGAAUUGUAACGUCUUGUUUGCUUGUACUUGCCAAAACUUUGAUCCUGACUGUAUAUUCCUUCAGGGCAAUAUAAAACCAUCCGAGACUAAUGUUACGGAUGUCUUACAUGACUGAUAAGGUUUUCAGUCGAAAAUUAUCAUCUGAUGUCAACACGUUUGCGGUCCUUUGAUAGAGCGCUCAAUGAUCGCGUCACUGGGCAUACUCGUCCUGUUGUGCUUUGGGCCCAAUCUAGAAUCCCGUCAGAAGCCGCGCAGUGGUUAGUAAUAUAGGCAGAAUAGCAUUACUGACAUGGGCAUGGGCAUUUCCGACUUAUUAGCCGUCAUCAGUCAGCAAUAUCCAACCCGAUGUUUUGCAACCUCGGUUCAAACCCGCGUACUGCCAGCUACAGAUCUAACGUCCCGACCACUGAACCAAGUCGCUAAUGUUCUUCUCAUGUCACUAACCGCUGUGCGACUGCUGGCUGGGCUCUAGAUUGGACCCUGAGACACGACGAUACGAGUGUGUCACAUAGCAGAUCGGUGAGUGCUGUCCGUACUAUUAUGGGUAUACCCGAUCGCAACCGGCAGAACAAGGAGCCCGUGACUCAGUGAUUGGGGCGUUAUACAUCUAACCACAGAACGAAGGCUUGAGCCUCAGGGGUUGCAAAACCUGCGGUUGGGCAUGGUUGUCUGGUGAGGACUAAUAGGUCAGAAACGCCCAUCCCGGUCUCCCCAAUCAUCGUCUGUAAUGUUAUCUGGUCCUUUCCCCACACGAUAGACAGGGAUUUUAUGCAUCGUCAGCUAGGGCGGCCAGUGGCAUCUCCGGGCUACUCGGCCUCGGUGUGCCGGUGGUAUGAAAAUUACGAGAGCGAGAGGCGCACUUCCUAUUUAAUUUCAACGCUUAUUUUCUUUACUAAGCAACCACUAAUUCUCUUGCUCUGACUGUUGUGGGUCGAACGUCUGCCAGCUAACGGGCUGACUCGAAAUAUCUCUGAAGCGUGAGACUUCAAUGACACUAUAGUGUGACCUUUAUGGCAAUCACUGAUGUAAAAUCGGGGACUCUUCAUUAGACUGGUCUAGGUAGAUUCAGGGGGCCAGAACAGUGUGGCGCGUGCUGGUGAGUUAUUUAACUUUGUCAACAUGAUCAACGCCUGCCUCAAGUCGUUUCUACCUUUCCAGGCCUUGAUUGUUAGUCAAUCGUGAUGGCACAAAAGCGCGUCAGGGCCCCUACCGUGAGGAACAUGUCCUUACCCGCCAUGCAGAGGGGUACUUCGCUAUCAAUUUCACAUUUCCAAUGGCCUGUCAUUCUACUGGUUGGGAGAUUCGGGGCAGUGGUCGUUGCUCCUGAAAUCGUGUACCCCAGGGGGUCCACUUGCCCUGGAAUUUACGAAAUAACUUUUUAUGGUUUAAUCCCUUAUCACAUUUACUGAAUUGCCAUAAAAUGUCAACUACAAAAAUAUUAACGAGAGACAGUGACCCGAUCGCAUUGAGACCAUUAUCUAAUGACCUUCUGCGGUAGUAUGUUUUCAAGUUGCUCGCACUUUGCUAUCACAGGGUAGUUGAACGCUUGUCUACAUGUCUUGGCUUGGCGUCAACAUCUGCCUUGGUUAAACCGGAACAACUUUCCCUAUCACCUUCUUGAGCCUAUCCUGGCAAUUUGCCAAUGCAUCUUCAACUUUUGUUUCAUUUUAGUUGCCUGGUGUCAAUCCCGCUGUGUUUGGCUCGUCUCGCGCGUUUGCCGAUUUGGGCUCUGAGCUGCAGUCUCGGCGCGAAGACGAUUCAUUCCUUCCUACUAGACGUACCUCUGUCUCCACGUCUGUCUUCGAGACCUACGACCAAUUUAAGAAUAACUUGCCACCCUCACCGCCGCCGUUGCCCUCCUGGAGCGAACAUUCCUGUAAAUCGUCGGAACUAUCUUCACGAUUAUCACCGCAGUCGGCGGAGUAUACUAGGAACAGCUUAAGGUCAAGCACUACUAGCGACUCCCUUUCCACCAUUCUAAAACGCGACCAGGAAAUUAGAGUCUGGCAAGAGGCCCACUCUCUAAGACGCAACUUCACUCCUCCACCCUCCACUUCCCAGCAUCGUCCGUAUCCUCACGAACAGCGUAGUCUUCGGAAUUCGACGUCCUCGCAGGAGGCGAACCGGAAUUCUGUGCAGUCCUUGCGCCACCACUCCCAACCCCAACUCGUCCAUUACCACCACCAUCACCACACUGGACUGCAUUUAGACUCCCAACGUAAGCAAGCAUUUAGCGGCGGCUGCGCCGGUAGUCAUCACAGCGACUCGUCUGGUCCCAAUCAUUCUCCAAAACCACCUGCCUACUCCAACUCAUCCUACCCCCUUUCAACUGACAAUAUAGAGAAUGUUCAAGAGGCCCUGCGACGCCAUCGUGAUCAGCUACGCGCUCAGCUUGACCUUACUCGGAACUCGACUUCGGUUGUCACCGCCUCGGGCAAUACUGCGGGGUCAUCUGGAUUCACCAAAGGUCGGUCGUCGACUUCAUCUGUGCAGCAGUCAGGUGAUAAAAUUCUGGAGCAGUCACGGUUUCGGAACGAUGUAGUCCCAGUCCCCAACGGGGGUCUUCCUCUUCUAGGCCCCUAUUCACGAGAUAUUUUUGUCCCACGUCAUGGUAGGUGUCCGACUGCCCCCUGUCUUUGUCAGUCUAGUUGAGAUCAAUUUCGCUAGCACACUUUCACAUCAGAAUUUUUAGUUUACUUAGACAUAGCUUGAAUUUUUCUCAGAAGUACAAUCAACUAAUCAUUAAGGAGCUUUUUAGAAGCUUUCUCGUUUGUCAUGAAAAAUUUGUGUUCAGUGUGCGUGACUCUGUUUUGCAGUUUCCAGUAGUUUGUGACUUGCACGAUGCCCUUCCAUUAUUACUAGUGCUUUUUCGGCUCAAAUGACUCCAGCCAACUUGAAUGCCUUUUUAGUGGGACCUCUGCGUAUUUCAUGCCAAAAUUAGUCAGUUCCGACUUCUUUUUUGGAGUUAAGCUGGGAAUAUUCUUCUUCCACCGGCUACGCUACUAACUGCUUCGUACUCCCCGCACCGACUCAAAUGCCUUGAAUUUUUGGACGCGAAAGGUCUCGCCCCCAUUGAACUUCGUUAGACGAGACCCCGAUCAACCAGCAUUACAUAAUCAGCGAGGGCGUCUUCGUAGUCGGUAAUUUUCGCUAGCUCGUCUAAUUAUUCGGCAAAAGCGUCAGGUGCCAGUGAAAAUUCCAACUGAUAAAAUAAUGCAGCAGAUCUAUAAUUGUGACUCGCAUAUUAACUGUCGAUUUUAUUGGAAGUCAGAGGUGGAGUUGAUCCAGAAAUGUCAUACACGUUGCCUGCGGGGGCCGAAAUGUAGGAACCUUCGGGGUUUCGUGAAGUCUUUGCUACACUUUGAUGUCAUAAGGGCGUGAACACCAAAGAAUUCUGCUUGUAAGAAUUAACGGGAUGGAUUUGUGGAAUCACCUUACGAGCACCUACCAAGCUCGGCCAUCCUUGCUUGUUGGGAAGCCUUCUCCAAAACGAUUUUUUCGCAAAAUGCACUGCUACUUCCCCCGUAACCACUCGUUAAUGUGAUUCCGAGCUACAGUGUAGAUGAUGAGGACACUAGUAUUAGCACAUUAGACGUUAAAAUGUCCUCCAUUAUCCUGUUUUUCAGACUUGACUUAGUUCACUCAUUUGGACGCAUUUUGCCGACUCUGUCUAAUGCAAGCUCGAAUUGGGUAGUAUUCACUUUCAGCCGUCCCAACGACUUCCACGUUAUGUUGUUAUCUUUUUUUCAGCUUCCUCGUCCUAG